CGGGAGUAGGUGUGGCUGAGGUGUGAGCUGUCUGGGUGACCGGUCACUGUGAUGACGCACACGCAGGGAGGGAGAGCAGGAGAGAGAGAGGUGCUCCGCUCUCAGCAUCACGUCUCCUCAGUGAGCCUCCUGCUCUGUGACGGAGGAGCAGCUCCCAGUCUCCUCUCCGACGCCGGAAGCUCUCAGUUGUGACGCUGAUGGAAGAUUUAAAUUCUGGGUCCGGAGCUCCUCACUGAGGACACGCGCGUAAUUCUCUGUGCGUCCUCGCAGCGCCAUGCCGCUCUUCCUCGUCUGACCUCCUCGCUCUCCUUCUUGGAUGAACUUUCUCGCUGCCUGCGGGGACGCGGCCGCUCGCUCCGAGAUCAUGAAGACGACGCGGAAAUGCCGCGCGCUGCUGUCGGUGGGUCUGAACCUGGUGGCCCUGUUCUUCUCCACCACCGCCUUCAUCACCACGUACUGGUGCGAGGGCACCCAGCGCGUCCCCAAGCCCAACUGCAGCAAGCAGCGGCACCACAACUGCAUCGACUACGGCGUGAACGAGACGGACCAGAACAAAGUGCACUACAGCUGGGAGACCGGGGACGACCGCUUCCUCUUCCGCCGCUUCCAUACGGGCAUCUGGUACUCCUGCGAGGAGAACAUCCACGAGUCAGGUGAGAAGUGUCGGAGCUUCAUUGAUUUGGCCCCGGCAUCGGAGAGAGGCGUGCUGUGGUUGUCCGUGGUGUCCGAGGUGCUCUACAUCCUGCUGCUGGUGGUCGGCUUCAGCCUCAUGUGUCUCGAGCUUUUCCACUCCAGCAACGUCAUCGACGGACUGAAACUCAACGCCUUCGCCGCCGUUUUCACCGUGCUGUCCGGUCUUCUGGGUAUGGUGGCCCACAUGAUGUACACCCAGGUGUUCCAGAUCACAGUCAGUCUGGGUCCUGAAGACUGGAGGCCUCACAGCUGGGACUAUGGAUGGUCCUUCUGCAUGGCGUGGGGAUCCUUCACCUGCUGCAUGGCCGCCUCCGUCACCACCCUCAACUCCUACACCAAGACUGUGAUCGAGUUCAGACACAAGCGGAAGCUCUUCGAGCAGGGCCUGCGUGAGGAGCAGAACUACCUGGACCAGGAAGCUUUCCACUACUUCCGGGACCGUUCACUCCAGUCCAUCUCCAGCACCGUGGAGGUCUACCCCGGCCACAGCGGCACCAGAGCCGGGCUUGUUGUCGGGGGGCCCGGCGCGGGCCCCGGUCCAGGUCCCGGACCAGGACGUGGGAAGAUGAGAGCGGGGUCUGCCUCAAUAGACUUGGGGGAGAACACGGACUCACUGGGGGAGGAGCAGUGCUGAGUCACACAUUGGAAUGAGGGGAUUGACUGGGUUGGGGGCGUGGCUACACGAUGAGGUGAACUGCACCUUCACAUGUGGACCCGGCCGCUAGUUUGUCCACUGUAACUGAAAGCAGAGGCAGAACUUAUUUUCUGUUUUAAGAGGACAACUAAAAGGCAGAUUAAACAUGGAUUACAAAAAGAAAAUACAAAUGUUCUCGCUGUGUGUGAAGUGAAAGUCAGUGUAAAGUGUGAGAAAUAGACUGUGGGUGAAAGUAGGCGUUCUCCUGCUUAUUUUGAGGUGCUGUGUGUAGUAUUUUAACAUCAAUACAUCGUCACAGUUUUGAAAAAUGGUGAAAGCCUUUGCUGAAUAGCGACCCUUGUAGCAAGAAGCGGAAAUUACGGUGGCCCUGAAGUCCAAAACACAGAAGUAUUUCAGAAAAUACAAGAAUGUUUUCAUUAAGGUUUCUUCUUUGUUACCAGCAAACACCCUUGAACAUCCUUCUUGGACUUUCUGGCAAACACAAUUAUGUGUCCGCCAACUGUUUAAUAUUAUCCACGUAAAAUAAAAUAAAAUAAAAAAUAUAUAUUUAUUUAUUUAUUUAUUUAUUAAAUAAAAGAUUCUUGGGAGGAAUUAAAGAAUUACAUUAAAAUAUAAUAAUUAAAAAUCA